UUGAGUUGCCUUGUUGGGUUGCUAGAUAAAGCGCAAACACACACACACACACACACGAUAAUAUUUCCAAACCUUCUCAAAGGCUCAUAUCUGUUUAUGGAGGAUUGAAAUACUUGCAGGAUUGUUGUUUCUCAGACUUGUCACAGUGCUUUGAUACUUCUUGGAUGUAAUAACAUUAUGGGGUGUAAAAGGAACUUAAAGCUUCUGGUCACCUGCCUGGUUUUACUUGCUGCAGGAAGUCUGUUCCGCAGUCGGCGCACAAAAAUUGAAAAAUACCUAAACUACAAGAAGAAUGUCAUGAUGACGGGUAUUUUCUGGCAGCCAGAAAAUGUAGCUACAUUCGACAACGUGAUUGUGCCAGCAACCACUCAAGAGAUUAAAGAGGCGAAAAAGGACCAGAUGACUAUCACUGAGCCAAAUCUAGAAGUAAAACGCAUAUUAAAAGCCUCAGUGAAACCACACACAAGCCCUCUCCGUAUAGUACACUUGGAUCUUAAGGGCGCUGCACCCAAAGUCAGUUAUUUUCAGCAGCUCUUUCCACUAAUCGCCAGUCUUGGUGCAGAUGGGAUUUUGCUGGAGUAUGAGGAUAUGUUUCCGUAUGAAGGGGACCUUGAAAUUCUCAGGUCACGUUUUGCAUACAGUGUGAAAGAAAUAGAAGAAAUUACGACCCUGGCCAGCCUCUACAAUCUCGAGGUGAUACCCCUGGUGCAGGUAUUCGGACAUCUAGAGUUUGUGCUGAAACAUAGACGAUUUUUUCACUUGAGAGAAGUGGCCGACUUUCCAAACAGCCUGAACCCUGUGGUCCCUGACAGCUUAAAACUGGUUAAAGAAAUGCUAACGCAGGUCCUGAACAAGCACCCGAAGACACGAUGGCUUCAUAUUGGAGCUGAUGAGGUUUAUGGCCUUGGCACGAGUGAGGAUUCGAAAAACUGGCUGAAGCAAAACAGUGGAGGCCUAGGAGCACUCUUCCUCAGCCAUGUGACAAAGGUUUGCCACUUCCUAGCUGAACUGAAGCCUGGAAUAAAGCUUAUAUUUUGGGAAGACAUGAUCAGGAAGGUCAAUGCCAGCAUACUCAAAGAAUCUGGUAUACAGAGUCUUGCAUCCCCUAUGAUAUGGAAAUAUGAUUCAAACAUGAAUUUGUCCCACAUAGGACAACUGUUAUCUAACUACAAACAGGCUGGAUUUCAUACUGUGUGGUUUGCAAGUUCAUUUAAAGGAUCUUCAGGCAUAGACCAGAGAUGGACACCAUUAAAUCACCACUUAAUGAAUCACCUAGCUUGGCUUAAAGUCAUGGCCUCCAUGUCUGGAGACCCCUCUCUACAACUAGUCGGCAUUGCUUUAACAGGCUGGCAAAGAUAUGCGCAUCACACAGUGCUAUGUGAACUGCUUCCUGUGGCCAUCCCCUCUCUUGCCAUAUGUCUACAGAGUCUAAAAUAUGGUUCAUUUAAUCACACAGCUGAAAGUGAAGUACAAAGUCUUUUGGGCUGCAAAGUUAACCUAGCAGCUAAUAGCUGUCAAGGUAAUGGGAGCUUUGCUGGCGCUGAUGUUUAUUACAUGAUUCAAAAAAUCCACAACGAACUUCAGAAAUCCACUGAAAAAGUAACUGAACAUAUCCAUGUGAGAGGAACAUUUGGUCGUUACCAGAGAAAAUACAACUUUGCCAAUCCAAUGUAUAUCGAAUAUUUUAAAGGCACAGUAACCAGAGUGCUGGAGGAGUGGAAUUCCUUUCUGGAGACUUUCAAGCUGGAGAUGAUGGCUAUCUACUACCCAGACACUGUGGAUGAGUGGAUGGAACAGCACAUUAACCCACACAUGGAUAAACUCUAUAGUUUAGCCAAAGACAUAGAUCGCAUUAUUAAAUUUAAAGGACAGCCAAAGACUUAUGAUAAAUUGCCUGACUAAUAAAUUUUUGAGUAUAAAUGGAUGUUAGAAAUAGUUUACCUCCUUCAGAGGCUGAAAAAAUAUGGGUGUUUUAUCUUCUCUUAUAAGGGUAUUUUCGCUUUUCACUGAGUCGCUGUUACCAGAAAAAUGAUAUGGGAUUUAUAUUGAUAUGAUAUGACAUGACAUAAUAUGAUGUGAUGUACGAUAUGACAUACACCCACUGGUGACUUUAUUAGAAACACCCAUACACCUACUGUUUUAUGCAGUUAUCUAAUCAGCCAAUCCCUUGACAGCAGCACAAUGUAUAAAAUCAUGCAGAUACAAAUCAAGAGUUUCAGUUAAUGUUUACUUCAAAUAUCAGAAUGGGGAAAAUUGCGAUCUCUGUGACUUUCACAGUGGCAUAGGUGUUGGUGUCAGACUGGUUUGAGUAUUUCAGAAUCUGAUGAUCUCCUGGGGUUUUCACACACAACAGUCUCUAGAGUUUACACAGAAUGGUGCGAAAAAUAAAAAUGUUGAGUGAGCGACAGUUCUGUGGGUGGAAACAAACACCUUGUUGAUGAGAGAUGUCAGAGGAAAAUGGCCAGAUUGGUUUGAGCUGCCAGAAAGGAUAUAGUGACUCAUAUAAUCACUCUUUACAACCGUGGUGAGCAGAAAAGCAUCUCAGCAUGCAACAGCAGAAGACCACAUUGGGUUCCACUCCUGCCAGCCAAGAACAGGGAUCUUAGAAUCAAGAACAGGUUCCUAUUAAAGUGGCCGGUGAGUGUAUGAUAUGGGUAAAUACUUGGUUGUGUGUAAUUGGGAGACAUGUGUGAAGACUUUCUUUUUCAUUAUGUUCCAUAUUUAACUGAUGUAUUGCACAUAAUAUUGCACUUUCUGUUUUGAAUGGUCUCUUUAAAGACUGGAAUUAUCUAUAGUUACUGUGAAGUGUUUUGUGGAUUUGAUUUUAUAGCAGGUGUGAAAUACUUGAAACCAUGUGCCAAAAGAGAGUUUUAAAAGUAUAAUGGGGUUUCUACAGUAUGUUUUCUAUCACUUUGUGCUGUAAAUAAGAUAGGGGUUCAUAUAGAUUUUAUAAGUUUAUUAUAACUUUCUGAUAUUAUAAGCCUACAUCCAGUUCUGGUAGUUUAAGAAAGGUACUGCAAUGUUUUCUUAUUAAAGUAUACAAAAAUAUCACUGA